AUGGCUUGUAAGUUUAGCGUGGACGACGUGUUGUCAAUGUGGGAUGACAUAGAGGUCCAGGAGUUUGACGACGAAUCAAGCUACUCUACUAGUGAAAGUAGUGAAGAGGAAAGCGAGAACAUCCCGCCUCCUCCUACUGCUGCUGCUUCGUCGUCUGGUCUGAGAGGCGACCAUUCCAAAGCCCAACCACCACCAACAAAAAGAAAGGGUCCUUCAUCUGGACGGCAAAAACAGGCUCCUGUUCAGUGGAAAACGGAGAAGGAUGUGGACAUUGCUCCACCACCUCUGCGAUUCCGGCCUCUGAAGACCCCAGGCAUACAGGUGGACACCACUGUCCAACACACCCCUGGAGACCUCUUCAAGCUAUUCUUUUCACCUGCUGUCGUCCGUCAACUGUGCCAAACUACCAAUAGUUAUGCUGCCGUGAACACAGUUGACAAAAGCUACAAGUGGGUGGACGUGGACGUGCCGGAGUUCUUCAGAUUCCUGGGGCUGCUGCAGUACACGGCGCUUGUAAAGCUGCCAUGUAUCGAAGAUUACUGGUGCACAGACCCCGUGCUGCAUGUGCCCUUUCCAAAAUCAGUCAUGCCCAGAGCCCGGUUCCAGGCCCUGCUGUGGAACCUGCACCUCAGCGACCUAAUGGAGGACCACACCAACGACCUCCAGAAGGGCACACCCCAGCACAAUAGGGUACACCGGGCACAGCCCCUGCUCGAUCAUAUGAAAGUGGCGUGCAAGGCGGCUUACCAUCCGAGAAGGGAGCUGGCAGUGGAUGAGAGGAUGGUUGCCACAAAGGCCAAGACGGGCAUUACCCAGUUCAUGAAGAACAAGCCCACCAAAUGGGGUAUAAAGCUCUUCGUGGUCGCCGACUCCAGCAACGGCUACACUGUUGACUUUACAGUUUACAGUGGGAAAAUGGGUGGGACCUCUGAGAAAGGGUUGUCCUACGAUGCGGUGAUGGCCCUGGUGCAGCCAGCGGUCAUGGGCACAGGGUAUCACGUAUACGUGGACAACUUUUACUCAAGUCCCACCCUUUUCAACGACCUGGUGAGCCUCAACAUCGGCGCCUGCGGCACCUACAGGGAGGGGAGAAAGGGGUGUCCUCCCAGUCGAGGCCUGAUGACCAGGAAGACACCACGGGGCACGUUGCGCUGGUUGAGGCAAGGAAAGCUGGUGUUCGUCAAGUGGAUGGACACACGGGAGGUGUCGAUGUGUUCGACAAUCCACGCAGCGCAUGGUGGCCAGACGGUGAGGAGGAGGGUAAAGAGCAGGGAUGGAACCUUCAGCACCAUCGAGGUCCCGUCCCCCCUUCCUGUGAUCGCCUACAACAAGCACAUGGGUGGAGUUGAUCGCAGUGACCAGCUGAUCCAGUACUACUCCGCACACAGGAGGGUGAGCCGGCCAUACCGUACCCUCUUCCUCCACUGUUUUGACAUCGCAACCACCAACGCCUACAUCUUGCACGUAGAGCUGUCUCAGGCCAGACAGCAGAGGGCCCUGUCUCACAAGGCCUUCGCUUUACAGCUGGUGAAGGAUCUCUGUGAGGUGGAGACCUCUGGAGCACCACGAAACAGGCAAACCUCACAUCUGCCUGUGCCACUCGCUGAACAGCCAGGGGACAUCUCCUACAGGGCAACGGCUGGUCGCAGGAGAUGCCAGCUUUGCGCUGACAGGGGCAUCCGCAGCGACACGCCCUGGAAGUGUGAGGCCUGUGACGUGCCUCUCUGCCUGCAGCUCAACCGCAAUUGUUUCAGAGAGUGGCAUGUGUAA